CGUCCAUCUCGCAGCUCCCCGUCAUCGUGUCCGACGACGACGACCAUGUUACGGUUCCUCUAUGUUCUGGGACUCGCGGCCCUCUCUGCAGCCGCACAGCUGACUUUACACUCGGGUCGCUUCACUGUAACGAGUGAGGCGGGCACCCAGCUGCGCUCGGAACCCAUCUCACUUCGGCACAAGUCCAUGGGCUUGGUGACCCUGUCCCCAACCGAUACCCUCAAGGUUGCCUUCCAAGUCCUGAACAAGGAGACCGGCGAAGGCGUGCAGCCGCACCAGGUCUUCCUGCGCUUCUACGACCCCGAAACUCAAGAAGAGGGCAUCCAGCCCAUCCGCGUCUCGGCUGGGGGAAAGGCCAAGUUCGAAUUGAACAUGGCCAAACCUCCCCCAUCCCUUCCCCCCACCACCACGAACCCCCUCGCCGUCAGCCUGAUCAUAGGGUCCUUCGAGCACACCGGUCUGCAGGCCUACAUAUUUGACCUCGUCGUCCCCCCUUCACAGCCGGCCCCCGUACACCCAGAUGAAGCGCGCUUCCACCUACUCCCCGAAAUCCAGCACACCUUCCGCCCCGAUCAGAAGAUGCCCCCCAAGUUCAUCUCCUUCGUGGCCUCCCUCAUUACCUUGUCGCCCUGGGUGGUACUCAUUGGCCUGUGGUCGCUCGUUAACCCGAGACUGCCCCGCUUAGCCUCGCCGAGCAUCCUCCCCUUCACCGUCACCCUCGGCGCGUUUGAGAGUCUCCUCAUUUGGUACUGGGUCGACCUCAAGCUUGGGCAAGUCCUACUGUACGGCGCUGGCUUGGCUGUCGUCACACUGUUUGCGGGCAAGCAUGCGCUGGUGACGAUCUCAGAAGGCCGUACAGGCAAAGCAUAAAAUAGGACGCCGUGUAUGUCAGAAUGUGCAUGCUAAAUCCACCACGAGUGUGCGUUCAGUAA